AUGAAUAUCCGGAGUGCUCGGCCGUCCGACCUUUUAAACAUGAGAGAUUGCAAUUUGGAUUGUCUUCCCGAAAACUAUCAAAUGAAGUAUUAUUUCUACCAUGGAUUAUCGUGGCCACAGCUGUCUUACGUAGCAGAGACUGACGACAAAGAAAUCGUGGGUUACGUGUUGGCCAAAAUGGAAGAGGAUCCCGAAGAUGUCCCUUAUGGUCACAUUACAUCACUGGCCGUCAAGCGACCUUACAGACGCCUCGGAAUCGCCCAGACAUUAAUGAACCUUGCUUCUCGAGCUAUGGUUGAAAAUUUUCGUGCACAUUAUGUAUCACUUCAUGUCCGAAAAAGUAACAGGGCCGCGUUAACUCUGUACAAGAAGACCCUAGAAUUCGUCGUUUCAGACGUUGAACCGAAAUACUACGCCGACGGUGAAGACGCUUAUGCUAUGAGACGGGACCUGAAACCUAUAUGGGACAAG